CGGCGCUCAAACACGAACACCAAGACAAUUCGACAUGCCGUCAAUAUUAAAAUCGGCUACUGGUGCAGCGAAGAGGAAGAGAGUGGACUCCCAGCGAAAACCUGCAAAGCGCGCCAAAUCGGAGAGCAGCGACGACGAGGACGAUACCCAGGCGCAAAUCCUCUUACUUGAGAGCGAAAUCCUCGAAUCAAAGAAGAAUUACAACAACAUUCCGAAAUUAAUUAAGCUACUUGAGUCUGAGGAUGCAAUUAUUGCCUCAGUUGCGUUAUGCCGAGUCUUUUCGAGACUUGUUGCGUCCGGAGAGUUGACCAAGAAGGCGGGGAGCUCUGAGAAAGACGAGGUGGUUGUGGCGUGGCUCAAAGAGCGGUACCUGGAGUAUAAGACCGGGCUAUAUGAGCUUCUUGAGUCGCCGGAGGUUUCCCAGACUAUUCUUGCACUGUGCAUGCGCAUGCUGAAGACCGAGGGCACAUACGUGAAAAAUGGCCAGGACUAUAACUUUCCCUCGAGGUUCCUGACCGACCUGGUGCGAACGCUCUUGGGUUUGGAGGAUGGAGAGGAUGUGCGCAAGGAGUUCGCGGAGAAACAUGUCGAGGAAUACGACGAUAUUCGAUUUUACACUUUCGAAGCAAUUGCGAAGGUUCUUGAGGAAGAGGGCCAGCUUGUGGACAACGCCGUUGGUAUCCUGGCUAUCAUCGAAUCUGUGCCAGAGGAUAAAGACGAGUUGGAAGACUUCUACAUAGCCGCACCCACGAGGACUUCACACACCCUCUACUCCUUGUCGGCGCACAAGAGGCAGGCACAGGCUGCCUGGCUUGCAGUCCUCAAGCAGGAUCUGUCAAAGGAGCAGCGCAAGAACAUAUUAGGGAUGAUGAGCUCUUAUAUUGCACCUUGGUUUAUCAAGCCAGAACUGCUGAUGGAUUUCUUAACCGAUUCUUACGAUACCGGCGGAUCUACAUCACUCCAAGCGCUUUCCGGCGUAUACUACCUGAUUCAAGAGCGAAACUUGGAUUACCCGCUCUUCUACAGGAAGUUAUAUUCCCUACUCGAUUCUGGCAUCCUUUACUCGAAACACCGCUCCAAAUUCUUCCGCCUCCUGGAUACGUUUAUGUCCUCUACACAUUUGCCCGCCGUGCUCGUCGCAAGCUUUAUCAAGCGCCUGUCAAGGUUAACACUGUACGCUCCUCCUGCUGGAAUAGUUGCGGUGGUCCCUUGGAUCUACAAUUUCCUCAAGAAGCAUCCCACCUGCACAUUUAUGAUUCACCGUGAGGUGAAAGGUGCAGAAGAGCUUCUCGAGGAGGGGAUGGAAGAUCCGUUCCUGGAGGGCGAAGAAGACCCAAUGGAGACCAACGCCAUCGAAAGCAGUUUAUGGGAGAUUGUGACUUUACAGUCACAUUACCACCCCAACGUCGCCACUCUGGCGAAGAUCAUAUCGGAGCAGUUCACAAAACAAUCAUACAGUCUGGAGGAUUUCCUCGACCACUCGUACGGAAGUAUGCUUGACGCUGAGCUUUUGAAGGAGGUGAAGAAGACGCCAGUGGUGGAAUUUGAGAUACCCAAGAAGAUCUUUACGAAGCAAGAUGCUUCUUCGGAGGUGAAGGACAGCCUGUUGGUGAAGUUGUGGAAAUUCGAGUAGAGAUAUUGAGUUACGGAGGUAUGUGGCGUAUAUAGAAAUAUAGUGACCUACAUCUGAAUGAUGUAUUCACCGCAAGAAUAUGACAUUUCAUAUGCACAUUGUCAUAAUGCAAGACGACCCGGAUAUCUCAUGUACUUAAAGGUGGAACUAAAUGAUAAGAGUGUAAUAUCAGAUCCAUCAAUAAUAGAAUAGCUGCCAAAUCCAG